AUGGGGAUGGGAAAGAGGUUGGAAAGAGGACUGAUGGCUGCUGGGCUGUCUCACGGGGAGGUGGAAGCACGUGGCCAUGCCAUUAGUAUCCUGUUUGGUGCCUGGAGGGAUUCCAUCUGCAACACCUACAUAGUCCUUGCUUGGAACAGCAGGAUAGAAAGAAGCCCUGGUGCUAACACCUCCUCUGACGAACCACACACCAGAGUGCAGCCGAACAGAAGGCUAGGCCACGCAAAAGAGAACCAAAGUCAGGUGCCAGAAGCAGGUGACAUCUCUUCGUUCUUUGAAGGCAGUGAUUUUGAUUUGCGGAUAUUUUGA